UUGCAAUAGUCUGAAUAAGAUUUGGAGCUUUCUGCUCCAAUUUUUUUCGCGUAUCUGCUGGUGUUUUCGAAAAGUAGAACGUUUCUAAAAAUAUUUCGAACGUAGACGAACAUUUCAGCUGUGUCAAAAACUGGCUUGAUGAAUUGCAACCAUAAAUCGUCGCGAAGUGGAACAAGUCCAGAAUUCCAGUACAUUAAAAUUUAUCGACAGGAAAAGCCUUGACUUCUUCUUACUUGAUGAUUGUUUUCAUUAUCAGGACAUGGAUACUUCGCCUUUAUAACGUGAAGCAGUAUGCUUGUUUUGUUAUUUCAUAUUAAUUUGAAUGGAUGUUAAAAUAAUUUCGUUUGGGUAAACGGUUUGAUCAAAAUCUAAAUCUAGCAGCGCACCUUCACCUCAACACUCAACAGGAAGAGGAAGAAAAUUCCAAAAUGGCUGCCGACGAGUGGCGAAACUGUGUAGAAUGGCUGGUAAGAUGUCAAAUCCUACCAGUCGAUCACAAAGCUACAAGGCUAGAUGCUACAGCUUUCGAAUUAGCACAAGCUCUUCGAGAUGGUGUUCUUCUUUGCCACUUACUUAAUACUCUGCGACCUGGCUGCAUCGACAUGAAGGACUUCAGUUCCCGACCACAGAUGUCACAGUUCCUGUGUAUGAAAAAUAUACGGACAUUCCUCCAGACUUGUACCACAACCUUUGGUUUGGACAAUCGAGACUUGUUCAAGCCAAAUGAUCUAUUUGAUGUAAAAGACUUUAGACGGGUUCUAGAUACACUCUCCAAGUUAUCAAAAAGUGAAUUAGCUCAAAAGAAAUUCAGAGAAAACGAUUUGGAAGACCAGGAGGACAUUUACGACACUGUCUACCAGGAAGACGAUGACAAGAUCUACGAUGACCUCCUGGGCUUGAAGAGAGAGUCGUUUGCCACAGCAGAGCCGCACACCAAAAGGGACUACUGUAUCAAGGAGCUGCUGGAUACGGAACACAACUACAAAGAAGUCUUGAGCAUGAUAGUCAAUUGUUUCAUGAAACCCCUGCAGAAUAUUCUUCCCUCAGCUGAAAGAGAUGUGAUAUUUGCAUAUGUUGAGGACUUGCUGGAAAUUCACACAGACCUGUAUGAUAAACUGCACCGGUCUGUUGUCUACGGUCAUCCACGGUUGUCCGACAUCUUCAUCCAGUUCAAAUCAAGACUUCUCAUCUACGGAGACUUUUGCUCAAACCUGACCAAAGCUCAAGACCGAAUUGACAAAGUCUGCUUUGUAGAACAGAUCAGACAGACGAUUCAGGAAUGUGAGAGGAAAGCUAAUGAGGGAAAGUUUCGCCUCAGGGAUCUGCUGCACGUGCCAAUGCAGCGAGUGUUGAAGUACCAUCUCCUUCUGAAGGAACUCAUCAAAACAACAGACAAGUCGAACCACGAAAGGGAAGGUCUAGAACAAGCCCUGGAGGCCAUGCUGGACCUGUCUCUUUAUGUCAAUGAGCUGAAGCGGGACCACGAGGGGCUUCAAGUCAUUGAAGAAAUUCAGAACAGCAUUAAUGACUUGAAAAUGCCGGCUAACACCUCGUUAAAAGAUUAUGGAAGAUUCCAGAAAGAUGGAGAGCUGAAGGUACUGUCUCAUAUGGACACCCGCCCAAGGAACAGGCACAUUUUCUUGUUCGACAGAGUAAUGCUCAUGUGCAAAGCAAAG